UUCACGUGACUCGGGUAAACCCGUGUGCGAAAUACAGCUGUCAGAUCCAGGGUCACUUGUUUGUUUUUACACGUUCGGUGCAGUGCGUUGAGUAUAUGCCCGAACUCUUGUUGUGCAUUACGUUACUCUUAAAGUAAUGGCCCUGAACGCCAGGCAGUGGAGUCGUCUCUUCUUGGCCAGAGACGCCAAGCCCAAGGCCCUGUUGGCGAGGAUUGUCAAACAAGUUCCGCGCCGUUGCUCCACGAAGAUGCGGCGAUGGUAUUCCGGGGCUACGCAAGAAGAAAAUAAAAUUGAACUCUUGACGUUAGAUCGAAGUACAACUACAGCUGCUAAUGUCGCAGCUUUAAAAUCUGCACCCACAGAGGAGCUGGCUCCCCCCGCUGGCCGGAGGAGGGUACUGCAGGAGGACCCCUUGCCCUUCUCCGCCUUCCUCACCGACGGCUUCGGCCGCAGACACAGCUACCUGCGCAUGUCCCUGACGGAGAAGUGCAACCUCAGGUGUCAGUACUGCAUGCCGGAGGAGGGGGUGAAGCUCACCCCCCGGGCCCAGCUGCUGACCACCGCCGAGGUGCUCACCCUGGCCCGGCUGUUUGUGCACGAGGGGGUGGAGAAGAUUCGGCUGACCGGGGGCGAGCCCCUCAUCCGGCCGGACGUCCUGGAGAUCAUCGCUGAGCUGAGGAAGCUGAAAGGGCUGAAGACCAUCGCCGUGACGACCAACGGGAUGAACCUGAGCCGGCUGCUUCCUGGUCUGAAGACGGCCGGCUUGGACCUGCUCAACAUCAGCCUGGACUCGCUGGUGCCCGCCAAGUUUGAGUUCAUCGUACGGAGGAAAGGGUUCCACAAGGUGAUGGAGGGGAUCGACAAGGCCAUCGAGAUGGGGUACAACCCAGUCAAAGUGAACUGCGUGGUGAUGCGGGGACUCAACGAGGACGAGGUGCUGGACUUCGUGGCCCUGACCAAGAGGAAACCGUUGGACGUCCGGUUCAUCGAGUACAUGCCCUUCGAUGGUAACAAGUGGAACUUCAAGAAGAUGGUGAGCUACCAGGAGAUGCUGGACCACAUCAGGCAGCAGUGGCCCGACCUGGAACAGAUACAGGGGGGAGAGACGGACACGGCCAAGGCCUUCAAGGUUCCAGGCCACCAGGGGCAGGUGGGAUUCAUCACCUCCAUGUCUGAACACUUCUGUGGCUCCUGCAAUCGACUGCGCAUCACUGCCGACGGCAACCUCAAGGUGUGUCUGUUCGGGAAUUCGGAGGUGUCUCUCAGAGACACCCUCCGUUCUGGGGCCUCUGAUCAGGAGCUUCUGGAAAUCAUUGGAGCCGCGGUUGGCAGGAAGAAGAAACAGCAUGCAGGAAUGUUCAACAUCUCCCAGAUGAAGAAUAGGCCCAUGAUCCUGAUUGGUGCCACGCCCACGGCCUCGCUGCUGCCCCGCCCCCCCAUUCCUAGUCUCCAUGGCAGCGAGGCGGCCACCAUGCUCCCCUUUUCCCACCCGACAAGUUCGGCCUUCCUCACUACACCACCCUCCCCUGGACCGUACCACUCCACUCACGGGGGUGACCUCCACAGCACGGACGCAGAGUGCCUUUCAGGCAGAGGAGCACAACACUCGCAAAUCUCGGACACCCCCCCGAAACGGGGGACCCUCCGGCAGUCCCGUCCGGCUGCCAAAAGCUGUUUUUCUCUUCCCGGGACCGCCGACGCCCCCCGGAAAGGGAGGGAAGUCUCGGGAGAGACUGCGAGAGGAGGAUGCUGGGAUGUCAGACUGAGACUCUCCGAAGCCGGGCCAGAAUCACGCACAAUCGGACCAAGCCCUACGGGGCGUGAGAACGACUCCGCACAGGGUAUCGACCGUAAAACAAGCCCCUCCUUAAAUGGGUGGGGUGUGGGAGGGCCUUACGUACGCACACUACUACUGAAGAACUCCGUACAUCGCCCCCUGCUGGCCUGUGGCGUGAGGCGCAGCCACAGCCGGACCUUCGACGACCCGCCCGACGCCGCGCCCGCCUCCGAUUCCCAGCAGCCCCGGCUGCACGAGGUGACAUCGGUGGGGUCAGGUGACCUGGCGGAUCGGCUGACCCACACCGACGCCCGGGGCAGGGCCGCCAUGGUGGACGUCGGCGGGAAGCCGGCGACGCGGCGGACGGCGGUCGCCACCGCCACGGUCCUGCUGCCUGCGAAGGCCUUCGGCCUGGUCCGAGAGAACCAGCUGGCCAAGGGCGACGCGCUGGGCGUGGCUCGCGUCGCCGGCGUCAUGGCCGCCAAGCAGACCAGCGCCCUGAUCCCGCUGUGCCACCCGCUGCCGCUGGACAAGGUGGCGGUCUCCGUGGAGCUGGUGGAGGCCCGGCGGGCGGCCGUCGUCACGGCGACCUGCCAGACCACCGCGCGCACCGGGGUGGAGAUGGAGGCGCUGACGGCCGCCGCGCUGGCCGCCCUCACGCUGUACGACAUGUGCAAGGCCGUCAGCCGUGACAUCACCAUCACCGACGUCCGGCUCGUCAGCAAGACCGGGGGGCAGAGGGGGGACUACCACCGGGACGAUUGAGUCCAACGCCCCCAAUUCAACCAUCGCACCCCCACAAUUCAGCCAUCCCACACAAAUUAUUAAACCAUCGUACCCCACAGUUCAAUCAUCACAACCCCAACAAUUCAAUCAUUGCACCCCACAAUUCAACCAUCACAUCCCCCAAUUCAAUCAUCGUACCCCACAUUUCAACCUUCCCUUGAACAAACAUACUCUCCUGGGUUUUACAUCUCACUUGCUCCCCCAAACUGCCCCCCCUUACCUGUCCAUCACAUCUGAUCAGUCACUCCACCCUCCAAAACCAGCAGUCUUGACCCCCCAUCGUUAAUUCAUCUAACCCUUUUUAUGCCCUUAUUCCAACAUGUCACCCCAUGAUCUCCACAGUUCCAGCAUUUCAUCACCCUAAAAGAAACCUCCAACAUCUCAACAGCUCAUCCAACAGCUGAACCAUCUCAUCACAUUGGGGGGGGAGAAGAAGAAAGAGGGAGUGAGUGAGGGAGGGAGGGGGAGGAAGAGGGAGGCUGAAUGGACCGUGCUCCAGAGCUUACAUCAGUAUUGGGUGCUUAAGCUUGUUCAUUUUCUUUAUGCCAUUUUUAACACUUAAAGCUUCCGGUUGUUUCUCUCAUAUCGUAGCUCGUGUGUGCUUGAGCGUAGCUCAGGCGCUAAUCCACUGUGUCAAAGCUACUUGUGACUAUGCAGAAUUGUACACUACCAUAGAGCUUACCAUAGAAUUUACCAUAGAGUGCUGCUAGGAUCAUUCCAUGAGACUCCUGUACGGAAAUGGACUGAGAAAGACCCUCAUAGGACAAGGUUCUCGCAGUGCUGAUGGCUUUGUGUUAGCAACACUGCAUAUACGGACUGCUAAUCGGUGUGCUGGGAAAGGCCUGGGAGUUGAUGGAAAGGAUUCCAAUGAUUCCUCUGAAAAUCCAGAGAUCCGCUUUCCUCGCCGUCUCAGAGGGCUGUCCUUGUUAAAGUCCUCCAACACGCUAUCCCAGAAUGCCCCUCUUCUGGUUUCCCUGUGUGCACUGGAGACGAGAGGUCCUCAGAAGUCUGAGUGAUGUCAGAGACCUAAGUCAGGGGUGGCCAAUCCCAGCCCUGGAUGGUCUCAGGACGUUCUGGUUUUUAUGGUUGCUUGUCACGUAAUUGGUCAGUUAAAGCAGUCGAUGGUUCUUGGGUCAACUACUUGCUGAUAUUAAUGUGAAAAGAAAUAAAAAACAGCAAUCUUUCUGGCUCUCUCGGGCCAGGGUUGGCCAUCCCCUCUCUAAGGUCUACUGGCUCACAGUGACAAAGACUUAAACAGAAGCUACCUUCAUAAAAAAAAAUAACCCACAAUUCACCAGGCAGGCAGCAGGCAGCAGGCGACAGCUCACAACCUUUUCAGCAGUUACAGUGUACAGAGACCCCAGUACCCACAGAUAUAGUACACACACAUAUCACCGCACAAAGACUCCGGCGUUGUAUAUUAGCCUGCAUGCUAACUGGUGAUUGUGGAAUAAGAUGUGCCUCUAAUGUCCUGUCCUCAGUGGUUAACCCAGGGUAUAGUGCCUGUCAGCAGGUGUGUGUGUGUGUGUGUGUGUGUGUGUCAUAUACAUGCUGAACUUACCCGGACUGUUCUUCUUUUGGUUCAAGGGUCUGCGCCCCUGGUCCUGGAGAGUCGCGGGGUGCGCUGGUUACUGUGGUUACUGAGCGCUUAAUCGGUCAAUUAAAGCAGCUGGUUACCCUGGUAACCCGCCUCGCCUGGUUUUCUUGGGGUCGGGUUGCUGAUUUUUUUAGGUGAGAUCAAAAAAACCAGGAGACUCUGAGACCUUCCAGGCCACGGAUUGGGGACCCUCUGAUUUACCUGCUUGUUCUGAACAACCUUUAAUACAAGUUUAACUGAACUUGUGACUGUUAUGAAUUAAUAUGAAUGUGCGUAUUUUGGGGGGGGGGGGGGGGAUUCAUCAUGGAUGGCAUGUAUUCAAUGAGAUCUCUAGUUGUUGAAUGAGGUGUGCUUUGUUAGGGUUGGAGUGGAAACCUACAGGAUGGUAGAUAUCCAGGAACAGGGCUGGUCAGCCCUGCUGUAUUUCGGGCACUGAACACACUCAACCAUCCCAAAACAAAUCUCAGAGACCUGACAAUCACCUAAUCUACAUAAUCUGACUUUUAUUCCCUUUUUUUCUGAUAUGCGGCUGGAUGCUUUUAUAAUUCAUGUGAUAUUCGGAUUUAGUGUGACUGGAAAUCAGAUUUCUGUGUCGGGAGUGGGCAUGUUGUCUGAAACUGUUACAUUUUUUGGUAAAGGAAAAACUGUUUUUUGAAACCUGUUUGAAAGAAAAAGUGAGCACUUGGUUCAGCACUUAAGAUGUUCUCAUAGCAAGUGCAUUGUUGUCUGCCGCUGCCGUUGCCAGUGGAAUAUUAAUUGGAUAAAGCUUCUGUCAAGACAUUCAGAGCCAUAGCUGAGGGGGAUUUUGGAGAUAAAAUAUGCAGAGGUUUAUCGCAAAGAAUCCAAAACCCACCCCCUCACCCUGAAAUACAGAUACACACACGAGAUCCUAACAAGAAAAGAGGAAAACAUUCACACACAUUCAUGUGCACUCUCUUGUGCAUUCUCUCUCUUUCCCUCUCUUUUUUUUGGUUCUUUUUUUUAUUAUCAUUAUUAUUUUUGUUUUUUGAAUCUUUAUUCUUGUGUAAUGAACUGACAAUGGUGUUCUAAUAAGGGGGCAUAAAAGUCUUUCUCUCUGUCUCUCUCUCUCUCUCGCUCUCUCACACACACACACACACACACACACACACACACACACACACACACACACACACACACACACACACACACACACACACACACACACACACACACACACACACACAUACACACGCGCACGCACACAGCCAUUCAAAAAACACUCACAUUUUACAUGAUAUGCCGCUAUAUUCCUGGACACCGAAGGGUGCCAUUUUGUUUCUUCCCCUCCCUUUUGCCUGGACCUAAUUAUCAAAAGCCACAAUUUCUCCUGUACUUCCAUGUAACUUGAAGACGCAAAUAUGCCAAAUGAAUGUAAUGAUAACACAAUGGUGACAAUUAGGUCCAUGUAAUGAAUAAUGAAACUUUAAUCGUGUUACCCUUUCAAAGUCUUAUUUAAAUGCUUGUCAUGCUUGUAAGAGGUGUGCUAUUGGUUUAAUUUUUCCCUGUAAUCGGUGAUGUCAGUUCUAAAACCUGUGGUGACCACCCAGCAGUAUGUUCAAUGUACAAAGCUAUAUUUUUACAUUGGUACUGUAGAUAAUAAAACACUUACAUGACAUAC